CGGUUUGGUAAUUUUGUAACGCUCUCGUCUCAACUUCCGUUUACUGAUCGUGAAUCAGAUUUGGGAUAUCUGUUUUACUGUCCCCACUAUGGAUGAGAAAUCGUCCAAGCUGAUUCAGAGUCUGUUUCCUGUCGGACACCCCUCCACGUCCGCCAAGCCAACAGUGUCCGGUCGGUGAGAACACAAACAAGAUGGCGACCAAGAUUUAACAGAGGAAAUAUUUUUAAUCGGGUAAACAACAGGUGGUAAAACUCCGAAUCAACAUUUGUCUGUCUGUCUUCGGGAGAGAGAGUUCUAAACUGCCAUCCUGGAAGUCAUCCACCGCCCUGUCCCUCUGUCAUUCGACUGGACUGUUGUGAAGACUUCCUCUACCAUCAUGUCUACCGCCGCAGUAGCAGACAGAGGUUCCGUCCGUCCAGUCAGGGGCCCCGGCGACGGCAUGGAGACAGACAAGCCCCCAGUCGCUAAGGAGAUCGGUGUCGUGGAUACGCCUCUGUCUUCGGUGCCACUACUUAAGGUAGCUUGUCCCAAACAAAGCCCCAAGAAGACGCACCCUGCCCCCGCCAGCCUCCAGCACAGCCCCCACUCCACCCCCCAGCAGAGUCCCAGAGCCAGCCCCAGAGCCACCCCGUCUGCCCCCCAGUCCCCUGGGGUGCUCCACCUGGGGAAGGUUCCCCGGGAGGCCUGCAUGGUGGUGGAGGCGGUGAGGAUCGUUGUUCCCCGUGCUGCCAUCAGCCGGAGUGGGGGUCAUGUGGGUCCGGCUGAGGAGAAAGGAGAGGCCUGGGCUGGGCAGCAGAUGGAGGAGCGGCCCCCCUCUCCCUCCCCUCCUCUGGAGGACCUGAGAGGAGUCAUGGAGAAGCUGCAGAACUCAGAGAGAAGACUGCUGCAGGACAAGGAGGGGCUCCUCAACCAGCUCCACGUGCAGACUGAGGUACAACACAGAGACAUGAUGCUAACCCACAGGUCUCUCGAGCAGCUGCUGGUCUCUCUCCAGUGGGGUCGACAGCAGACCUACUACCCCAGUGGGCAGCCACUCAGCACGGGAGAACUAGCCCUGGCCAAUCACAAGCUGGCGGACGCCAUCAACUCCCGCCUGCUGGGGAAGGUUGGGCCAGUAGGGAGCAGCAGUGGAACCGGGCUGGGGAAAGGAAGACAGGUCUCAGAGCUCCCUAACACCUCACACACGCCUGCUGAGAAGAUGGCUGAGAAGGUGUUGAAGAUCCUGGACCCUAUUUCCUGUUCAGACAACGGGGAAGAGCCCUCCCCCCUCUCUAUCUCUGACUCCUCCCCCUCGGCCUUCCUGACCAAUAAGAAGAGCAUCGGCCGGUUCCACCCUUACACUCGCUACGAGAACAUCACCUUCAACUGCUGCGAGCGCUGCAGCGGAGACAUCCUGGUCCUCUAGGGGUCAGAGGGCAGGGGUCGUGACCUUUAACCUGGACAGUUCGACGCAGGCCGCUGCGAGGAACACCAGCCGGCUCUCCCUCCGUCAGAGGGCAGGGGUCGUGACCUUUAACCUGGACAGGCUCUCCCUCCGUCGAAACCGUCUGGUUUCACAGCGGCCUCAGAGCCGAGGACUUGACUGGAAGCACGGCAGAAGCUGACGAAACAACCGCUGAUUUUAAUUGGCUGAUCUCUCUCUCCAGUCUGUCACCGUCUCAUAACUCUUAGAACCUCCCCACGACAUUGUGGGCUUCAGAACGUGAGCAGAGCAAGUGAUUUAAACAAGGAAGUGAGUUCGGAGAAUCUGAAAGUAUUCCAUCUUAGAAUCAAUUGGGCUUCCCAAAAAGAAUAUGGUCAAAGUCGGACCACGGACGGCCGAGUGUCUGUGGGGUUCUGGUCCUUCCUUGUACUUGAUGAAUUGGUGAAUUGAGGUUACUGAUUAGUAAGCAACUACCUUCACCUGGUUGUCUAGGUUACUGAUUAGUAAGCAACUCCCCUCACCUGGUUGUCUAGGUUACUGAUUAGUAAGCAACUACCUUCACCUGGUUGUCUAGGUAACUUAUUAGUAAGGAACUCCCCUCACCUGGUUGUCUAGGUUACUAAUUAGUAAGCAACUCCCUUCACCUGGUUGUCUAGGUUACUAAUUAGUAAGGAACUCCCCUCACCUGGUUGUCUAGGUUACUGAUUAGUAAGCAACUACCUUCACCUGGUUGUCUAGGUUACUAAUUAGUAAGGAACUCUCCUCACCUGGUUGUCUAGGUUACUGAUUAGUAAGCAACUACCUUCACCUGGUUGUCUAGGUUACUGAUUAGUAAGCAACUCCCCUCACCUGGUUGUCUAGGUUACUGAUUAGUAAGCAACUACCUUCACCUGGUUGUCUAGGUAACUUAUUAGUAAGGAACUCCCCUCACCUGGUUGUCUAGGUUACUAAUUAGUAAGCAACUCCCUUCACCUGGUUGUCUAGGUUACUAAUUAGUAAGGAACUCCCCUCACCUGGUUGUCUAGGUUACUGAUUAGUAAGCAACUAUCUUCACCUGGUUGUCUAGGUAACUUAUUAGUAAGGAACUUCCCUCACCUGGUUGUCUAGGUUACUAAUUAGUAAGCAACUCCCUUCACCUGGUUGUCUAGGUUACUAAUUAGUAAGCAACUACCUUCACCUGGUUGUCUAGGUAACUAAUUAGUAAGGAACUCCCCUCACCUGGUUGUCUAGGUUACUGAUUAGUAAGCAACUACCUUCACCUGGUUGUCUAGGUAACUAAUUAGUAAGGAACUCCCCUCACCUGGUUGUCUAGGUUACUAAUUAGUAAGGAACUGCCCUCACCUGGUUGUCUAGGCUACUAAUUAGUAAGGAACUGCCCUCACCUGGUUGUCUAGGUAACUAAUUAGUAAGGAACUGCCUUCACCUGGUUGUCUAGGCUACUAAUUAGUAAGGAACUGCCCUCACCUGGUUGUCUAGGUUACUAAUUAGUAAGGAUCUGCCCUCACCUGGUUGUCUAGGCUACUAAUUAGUAAGGAUCUGCCCUCACCUGGUUGUCUAGGCUACUAAUUAGUAAGGAACUCCCCUCACCUGGUUGUCUAGGCUACUAAUUAGUAAGCAACUACCUUCACCUGGUUGUCCAGGCUACUAAUUAGUAAGGAACUGCCCUCACCUGGUUGUCUAGGUUACUAAUUAGUAAGGAACUGCCCUCACCUGGUUGUCUAGGCUACUAAUUAGUAAGGAACUGCCCUCACCUGGUUGUCUAGGUUACUAAUUAGUAAGGAACUCCCCUCACCUGGUUGUCUAGGCUACUAAUUAGUAAGCAACUACCUUCACCUGGUUGUCUAGGUAACUAAUUAGUAAGGAACUGCCCUCACCUGGUUGUCUAGGUUACUAAUUAGGAAGGAACUUGCCCAUCUCUCUAACCACUAGACUACCAGCCUUCCAAGCAGUAUGAUUGAUUCACCAUCAGGUUUUUUUUUUAUUCUGAGUGUUAUAUUUAUUGAGUCGAUCUGAUGAGUAUUGUAGAUGUGUGGAAACAGGAGAGGCAGGGCUGUGGUCAGAGGAUGUUUCUGACAGACAGAAGGUUGUAGAUGUGUGGAAACAGGAGAGGCAGGGCUGUGGUCAGAGGAUGUUUCUGACAGACAGAAGGUUGUAGAUGUGUGGAAACAGGAGAGGCAGGGCUGUGGUCAGAGGAUGUUGCUGACAGACAGAAGGUUGUAGAUGUGUGGAAACAGGAGAGGCAGGGCUGUGGUCAGAGGAUGUUUCUGACAGACAGGAGGUUGUAGAUGUGUGGAAACAGGAGAGGCAGGGCUGUGGUCAGAGGAUGUUUCUGACAGACAGAAGGUUUGUAGAUGUGUGGAAACAGGAGAGGCAGGGCUGUGGGGGGGCAGGGCUGUUGGGGGGGCAGGGAUGUGGGAAGGCAGGGCUGUGGUCAGAGGAUGUUUCUGACAGACAGGUUUUUAGUUGAGAGGUAAAAGGUUCCCUACGUAUUCAAGGUGUUUCUGUUCUGUUUGAAUCUGGAUUCUUUGCAGAGAGGAAGUGACCCGGAGAUGUUGCUGUAUCGGCCGUUUGCACUGGGAGGAGGCAGAAAGGCAUCGUUUCUGCUGUCCAAUGAGAUUCGAGCAGAAAUCAUCUGAUACCCAAUGAUAUUAGAUCUAUAUUUGUGUGGAAUAAUUCAGGAAGUCUUCACACCCCUUGACUUUGUCCACAUUUUGUUGUGUUACAGCCUGAAUUUAAAAUGGAUUAAAUUCAUUGUGUUUGUCCUCAGUACUCUAUAAUGUCAACGUGGAUUAUGUUUUCAGAAAUGUUUACAAAUUAAUUAAAAAAUGAAAAGCUGAAA